AUGACCGAAGAGCCCAGAAAAGAAAUCCUGGGAGCCCCGAAGACUCCCAUGCUGGUGACGACAGAGAAGACCCCCAAGGGCGAAGCUGGGGUCCCCACGGUGCCGCUGGUCAGUGAGAUCCAGCUGAUGGCCGCCACGGGGGGUGCUGAGCUCUCCUGCUACCGCUGCAUCAUCCCCUUUGCCGUGGUGGUCUUCAUUGCCGGCGUCGUGGUUACUGCCGUGGCUUAUAGCUUCAAUUCCCACGGUUCCACCAUCUCCAUCUUUGGCCUGGUUGUUCUGUCGUCUGGACUUUUUUUAUUAGCCUCUAGCGCCUUGUGCUGGAAGGUGAGACAAAGGAGCAAGAAAGCCAAGAGACGAGAGAGUCAGACGGUGCUUGUGGCGAACCAGAGAAGCUUGUUUGCUUGAGACUGAAUGAGACCAAAUGGGCUA